GAUCAGAUUUAUGACCGACAGAUGGCACUAUAUGUUGCUAUAUUUAAUUCUAAACCAGCAACAAUUCUUUAUUCAAAUAUUAUUAAUCUACGCUAAAAAGAAAAAUGCUCUUAGCGUCUUUAUAUGUAAAAAUGCUUUAAAAGGUAAUUUAUGUACGUGGAAUGGGCUUGGAGAAAGUACCGUUAGUUGUUUCCCCACCAAAUCAGUGUCAAAUGCUGGAAACUGACCCAAGAACCCAUCGUUGUAUACGUUUCAAAUUUGCGUUAGGAUGUGCAUUUCAUGAAUUAGUUGUUUUGUGAGAAAAUGGAAAAGGUUUCCAGUAAUAAGAUCGAGAAUAUCGAAGAUGUGAGCGAGCAUGCGAAAACAGCUGACAAAGAUGACCGCAAAAAGAAGGUUGUUGUCAUGAAGAAUGAUAAUAACCGUGGCAACGAGCACAAGUGCAACAGGGAUGAAAAUGACAACAGAAAAGGAUUGUUCAAUAUAAAUUUUCAAAUAGAUUUAGUGUCCAUCGUCCUUUUCGCAUCCGCAGCAUUCACACGCAUGUACAGAUUGGAUGAUCCUAAAAACAUAGUAUUCGACGAAUUGCAUUAUGGAAAGUACAUCUCGUUGUACAUGAAGAACACGUUCUUUUUCGAUACACAUCCACCACUUGGAAAACAGCUCAUCGCUGGACUGGCUUACUUCGUUGGAUAUGAUGGCAAGUUUAAGUUCGAGCGCAUCGGAAGCUCCUACUCAGAUGGUGUACCUCUAUUCGCUUUGCGCUUCAUGCCUGCUCUUUUCGGAAGUUUGCUGAUUCCCACUGCCUAUCAUUUAAUGUUAGAACUAGGUUUGAAACAGACUACUUGCAUUCUAGCAAGCGUCCUUUUACUGUUAGAUAACGCAAUACUAACACAAAGCAGGUUCAUUCUCAUGGAAUCGAUGCUCUUGUUUUUCUCCUUGUUUGGAAUACUAUGCAUCUUGAAAUUUAGAAAACUAGACUUGUACAGUCUAAAAUGGUUUACGUGGUUAAUUCUAGCAGCGAUAAGUUUAACUUGUGCCCUUUGCAUCAAGUAUGUGGGUUUCUAUUCAUGUUGUUUAGGCUUGGCAAUUAUCGCUAGAGAUUUUUGGAAAAUCCUCGGCAGCAAACAAUACUCUGAUAGAAAAUUGUUAACUAGGUUUACAAUUCAAGCACUUGUUAUCAUUAUUAUACCAGCUUUGGUAUAUUUAGGAAUUUUCUUUGUACACUUGAAAGUUUUAUACAAAGCGGGACCUCACGAUAGUAUUAUGACGAGUGCCUUUCAGGCUUCAUUGGAAGGAGGCUUAGCAUCAAUAACAAAAGGACAACCUUUACAUAUCUCUCAUGGAUCUCAAAUUACUCUAAGACAUACUCACGGAAGAACUUGCUGGUUACAUUCUCAUCAGCACGUUUAUCCUGUCCGCUAUCCUGACAAAAGAGGCUCUAGUCAUCAGCAGCAAGUGUCCUGCUAUUCAUUUAAAGACGUUAACAACUGGUGGAUUGUCAAGAGACCGGGAAAGAAUGAUUUAGUUGUUGAACAACCUGUCGACGUUAUUAAACAUGGUGACGUUGUUCAACUUGUACAUGGAAUAACAUCAAGGGCUUUAAAUUCCCAUGAUGUCGGAGCCCCGAUGUCCCCGCAAUGUCAGGAAAUAUCUUGCUAUAUUGACUACAAUAUUUCUAUGCCAGCACAAAACAUGUGGAAAGUCAAUAUUAUAAAUAGAGAUCAGUUUGGGGAUAAAUGGCAUACAAUUCAAAGUUUAGUUCGCUUGAUACACGUAGAUACGAAUCAAGCACUAAAAUUUAGUGGUAAACAAUUACCGGAUUGGGGAUUCCAUCAGCACGAAGUAGUUGCAGAUAGAAUUAUCUCUCAAGAUGAUACAAUUUGGAAUGUUGAAGAGCACCGAUAUACUAAAUCUGAAGAUCAAAAGGAAAGGGAGCGUGAUUUAGUAAAUGCAGAAAUGAUUCCAACAGCUGUAACUCACUUAUCUUUCUGGGAUAAAUUAUAUGAAUUGCAUUAUAAAAUGAUGUUUUCAAGUAGCGACGGUGUCCAGAAUCACAUGUAUAGCUCUGAACCAAUUGAAUGGCCUCUCAUGUCUCGAGGCAUAGCAUAUUUCGUUUCAAAUACGAGCAACGCCCAAAUCCAUCUUCUUGGCAAUAUUGUCAUUUGGUAUUCAUCGACUGUAAGCCUUGCCGUUUACUUUGCAUUAUAUACAUUUUAUUUAUUAAGAAGACGACGCUAUUGCUUUGAUUUGGACGAACAUACAUGGAACAGAUUUAUUUUUAUCGGGGAAAUCUUCUUCGUGGGUUACUUAUUCCAUUACUUGCCUUAUUUUUUCGUGGAAAGAACUUUGUUCCUACACCACUAUUUACCUGCGUUUGUUUUUAAAGUGCUGCUUAUGGCUGCUUUGAUUGAGCAUAUUUUAAUACUGUUAACUGAUGUUUUAAAAAUUAAACUUCUGCUGUACUGUGCUUCCAUUCUUUUAUCAAUCUGGUUGUGCAGUGUAUGCUACAUAUUUAAGAAGUUUACUGUUUUAAGCUAUGGCAUGACUGACUUAAGUACUGAAGAUAUUUUAGAUUUACGAUUGAAGGAUACUUGGGAUUUUAUUGUACAUAAAAAUUAG